AUGGCUUUGGAGGUUUUUGGGGAAGGGGAAGCUCUGUGGGCGAGGGUGGUUAAAUCUCUAUAUGGGGAGCUUGUGUGGGGGAAGAGGGGGAAUGUUCGGUGGCGGGAAGAGGUGGGCAGAAAGGGUGGUGGCAGAAAAUUGUGGAUAGGGGAGGAGGGAGGGGCGAUUAAAAGGCUGGUCGGUGAGAGCGGGUUUUGGGAGGGAGAGUUGUGGGUGUGGGCGGUGGAGUGGAUGCGGGAGUUAAGGGAGAGGGAGAAAGGGCAGGUGGAGGAACUUUUGCUGGUGGUUUCUGAUUUUGCUCCCUGUACAGGUUUAACCGAGGGAUGGAGAUGGAAGGCGACACCAGAUGGUUUUUUCACAACCAAGUCGGCAUAUGAUCUUUUGGCGGCAACAAGAGAGGAGCAACAAGUACAGCCUUUGGAGAUGGCUAAGGUUUGGAAGGCCCCAACACCGCAUAAAGCCAAGGUGACUGCAUGGAGAUGCCUUAGAAACAGAUUGGCAACCUGCGAUAAUUUGAGAAGAAUAAAUAUUCAGAUCGGCGUGGAGGAGAGAUGGUGCAACGCCUGUGUUUCAAGCGAGGAGACGACAGAACACCUGUUCCUUCAUUGCCCGAAAGCAGCGGCGGUUUGGGACCAGAUUUAUCAAUGGCUUGACAUCAAAACGGCAAAUCCUAGAAGUAUCCUACAACACUUCAUUUCAUUCAUUGCUGCUGGAAAAAGGAAGAAAGACAGGAGAUUGCUCAAAGCGUUGUGGAUGGGAACAGUGUGGUUGUUCUGGGAAAGCUGA